AUGAUGUCGUUUGAGUCUAUGGUGUUUGUCUUUAAAGCUUUAGAUCCAAAAGAGAACUUGUUUGAUGCACCGAAAAUAAGAAUCAUCUGUACCAUGGACAAUAAAAUUGUGCAAUCAAGCCCAUCAUUUACGACAUACUGUUAUAAAUUUAACGAUGGGUCUACAACACAGUGUUAUUCCAGCUGGAACCUUGGAAAUUACGUCGCGUUACUAAACAACCGUACCUCGUGUCAGAUGAUAACAGAUGAUGAUGUCUCGAAGGUGAAAAUCUUGAUGAGGAACUGUUCGACUUAUUUUCUGAAGGAGACUCUGAAGCCUGACUGUAAGUACCCAGAUUUCUCUAGAAAUGAAACUGUGAGCUCCAACUGCCCAUCUGUGCCUGCCCAAUGCAUCAAACACUCUGCAGUGUACAAUAUUUUCCAGUAUCUUGUAGACAACGAGUUCAUGAAUACACCAGACAACGAUUUUCUGAAAUACACUCUCUCCAUUCUUCCUGUGGCUUAUGAACUGAAAGCCUUUUAUGAUGAGAUGUACGAUAGACUAAAGGAUGACACACAUCUAAGUCAAGGAGUAGAAUUGGUGACCUUCAGGUUUUGGGGAUACAAGUACAAGAAAUUCAGUGAAGAGCUUUUAGUGCAGAUCAUCUUCCCAGCUCUGGCUCAGUUGAUCAUUGUCUUUGGCGUGAUGUGGACAUUCCUUGGAUCAUUCAUACUUACAUUAUGUGGCCUGUCGUGUGUAAUUUACGCAGGUGGUCUUUCUUUUUUUCUCUACAACUUUGUAUUUCGUAUGGAUUUUUUCCCUUUCCUUAAUAUUCUAACUCUGGUAUUCUUGGUGGGAAUUGGAGCAGACGAUGCGUUUGUGUACUAUGACAUAUGGAGACAGUCAAGAGCUGCAAACCCCGACGCAAACAUAAUGCAGUUGACACUUAAAACGUUACGCUAUUCUGCUCUCUCUAUGCUGGUUACAAGUUUGACUACUUCAUCAGCAUUUUUCGCCGGGAUAUCUUCCACAAUCACCGCCAUUAAGUGUUUUGGUAUAUUUGCUGGCACAUCCAUCUUGACAAACUACCUUCUAAUGAUAACAUAUUUUCCGGCUUGUGUGGCCCUACAUGAGAAGUGGAUCAUGAAGUACAACGAUGGUCAUAGCUCAGAAUCUCAACCAUCAACAGAAGUGGCUGUUGAGGAAGUGGCCAUUGCAAUGCCAGUAGCCCAAGACAUGAUUGAGCAAAGAAACGCGGUGAGCAACCGCAAGACAGAUGAUGAUAUUAAAAAACACCCUAACACCUGCAUUCUGCAAGUGAUUGAUUUCCCUUGCUCCAUCGCAGUUUCAGCCAAAAGUGCGGUCCAAACAUUCAGUUCCAAGUUUUUUGGUCGUUGGUUACCAUUUGUCGUCAUCAACUAUUAUUUGAUUUGGAUAGCCUUACUCAUCGGUCUAACCGCUGGCUUUUUAUGCGUUACCUUUUACAAACCCGGACUUCAGUUGCCAGAAAGUGAUGAGUUCCAAACAUUUGCCUCAUCUCAUACGCUAGAAAACUACAAUUUAAACUAUAAGAGUUUCUUUAGGUUCGAGCAGAGCGGAAGCAUGGUUGUAGAGCUGAUAUGGGGAGUUAAACAUGUAGAUAACGGCAACUUCUUUAACCCAGAUGACAAAGGAACGUUGGAAUUUGAUGAAUCAUUCGGUACCGACCUCUUUUCCGAAGAAGGACAAAAGUUCAUUCUUUCGGUCUGUAAGUCUGCUGAAAAGCAAUCAUUUUUUGGUGCAUUUGCUGCGGGCACUGUGGACAGCCCGAUUGAGGGUUUAAUUGCCUUAUGUAAGGCUGGUCCAAACCCAUGUUGCGGAAACUACAGCUUUCCAUUUCCAGCUGAUGUCACCGAGAGAUGUCUUCUUGAAUUUGCAUCGCGAGGUUAUGAAUCAGGCUUACUGUUUGAUUCUAAGAGCAAAGCAAUUAAGGGUUUCAGACUGGUCAUUUCCACCAACCAACCUUUUUCAACAGCCUUUUCGGUCAUAGACAAAGUCUACGACGAAGUGACAACUUGGUUUGAAGGUCAGUUGUCUAAUGCCCCUCCUGGUCUGAAAAACGGCUGGGCGAGUAGUUGGGGAUUCCGAUAUUAUGGUCUUCAAAUUGGUCUCUCGCGUGGCACCUAUUCAUCCCUGGGUAUCUCGGUGGCCGCAUCAUUCAGCAUCAUGUUGCUCACAACACUCAACAUCUUUAUCAGCAUCUAUGCCAUCUUCACAAUUAUUGGAAUUAUUGCGACCACCAUUGGCUCUCUUGUAUUAGCUGACUGGCAACUUAACAUAUUAGAGUCAAUUAUCAUGUCAGUAGCUGUCGGACUGUCAAUUGACUUUACCAUGCAUUAUGGUGUGGCUUACAGACUGGCACCAGACAAAAAACAAAGAGAAAGCAGGGUACGUUAUUCCCUGGUUCACAUUGGAUCAGCGAUCACAAUGGCAGCAUUUACAACGUUUCUGACAGGUGAGUGUUUUAAUCCUUAGUUCAUGAUUUUCUCUAUUCAUUCCUCAAAUAUUCUCAAUGUGACUCUUUUAGUUUAUUGGGACUGAGACGUUAUUUCCUAGUGCAAAAUGGAGAUAAAAGUAAUUGCCGAGACAAGGUUUACAAAGAGAGCAAUGUCGGGGUAUUGGUGGCCAGGAUCGACCCAGGUUCUUAACCCGCAGGGUAUGCCAAAACCAACGCUCCUCCCUGAUUACAGUGCGAUCUGGAACGCAGACGCACGAACACGUGGAAACGUGUUUUUUAGACAACCUCGGCCCCAAGGCUUUUCGCUUUGAAAAUGGGGGAUGCGGAAACCGUCAAGACCCAGGGGCGGAGUGAGGGGGGGGGGGGCGGGGGGGCCCCCCCCCCCCCCCCCCCUGAGAUGACCUGCGGUUUUCUAAUACAACUGGUAUUCUGCAAAAACUAUGUGGUUUAUUGGUGUUGAAGUAGAGCAAGAGACGAGUGCACCCCCUCCUAAAAAAAAUCCUGUAUCCGCCCCUGAGACCCCUUUCCCGGCUCCUCCCAUGUUUUAAUGGAAUAGUUCCGCGGAAGAGGUUGUUCUUUAAAGUUUCUAAGUUGGUGAACAAAUAAAAUUUACACCUUUAUUUUUUUGACAAUCAAACGAUGCAUGUCGGCUAUCGCCAAGUGCGUCCAUUUAUUUCUUUUGUUUGGUUGGUAACUUAACAUGAGAUAUUUUUAGGCAGUACCAAACGUGACAAUGCAAGGCCAGGGUAACAAGGCAAGGAAUUUUCUUUCAACUAAACACCACUUAAUCUUAUUUUUCAGGACUGAUGCUGAUGCCUACAACAGUUUUAGUGUACUUGCAGCUUGGUCAGUUCCUGAUGUUAGUCAUGGUGUUCAGCUGGCUUUAUUCAACCUUCAGUUUCUUAGCCAUCUGUACUGUGAUUGGUCCAAAGAAUGAUUUUGGACAGCUCAGCAUUGCUCGUCUGUUCGCGCAUUGUGGGCGUUGUCUACGCCGAGUUAAACCAAAAGACAGUGAAGAAUUUCAAGAGACAAAUGAGCUGGGAAAGGUGAAGCCUAAAGACUCUUCAAACCCUAUCAACGAGAAUGAGCCAGGUACCGUUAAGAGUGACUACAUGAAUAAGCAAGACACGGUUAAUUUUGACCAUUCAGAUGAACCAGAAAUUGUUAAACCUGCUCACAUCGAUGAACCAGACACGGUUAAUUGUGACCACACGGACGAGCUAAAACUUGUUAACCCUGCACACAUCGAUGAAUCAAAGAUUNCAUCCCCCCCCCCUGAGAUGACCUGCGGUUUUCUAAUACAACUGGUAUUCUGCAAAAACUAUGUGGUUUAUUGGUGUUGAAGUAGAGCAAGAGACGAGUGCACCCCCUCCUAAAAAAAAUCCUGUAUCCGCCCCUGAGACCCCUUUCCCGGCUCCUCCCAUGUUUUAAUGGAAUAGUUCCGCGGAAGAGGUUGUUCUUUAAAGUUUCUAAGUUGGUGAACAAAUAAAAUUUACACCUUUAUUUUUUUGACAAUCAAACGAUGCAUGUCGGCUAUCGCCAAGUGCGUCCAUUUAUUUCUUUUGUUUGGUUGGUAACUUAACAUGAGAUAUUUUUAGGCAGUACCAAACGUGACAAUGCAAGGCCAGGGUAACAAGGCAAGGAAUUUUCUUUCAACUAAACACCACUUAAUCUUAUUUUUCAGGACUGAUGCUGAUGCCUACAACAGUUUUAGUGUACUUGCAGCUUGGUCAGUUCCUGAUGUUAGUCAUGGUGUUCAGCUGGCUUUAUUCAACCUUCAGUUUCUUAGCCAUCUGUACUGUGAUUGGUCCAAAGAAUGAUUUUGGACAGCUCAGCAUUGCUCGUCUGUUCGCGCAUUGUGGGCGUUGUCUACGCCGAGUUAAACCAAAAGACAGUGAAGAAUUUCAAGAGACAAAUGAGCUGGGAAAGGUGAAGCCUAAAGACUCUUCAAACCCUAUCAACGAGAAUGAGCCAGGUACCGUUAAGAGUGACUACAUGAAUAAGCAAGACACGGUUAAUUUUGACCAUUCAGAUGAACCAGAAAUUGUUAAACCUGCUCACAUCGAUGAACCAGACACGGUUAAUUGUGACCACACGGACGAGCUAAAACUUGUUAACCCUGCACACAUCGAUGAAUCAAAGAUUGAACAAUCCGAUGAGAAGCAUACUGAGAUAAGAGAAAUAGGCAUAGUCAAUAAAGGUGCUGAUAGUGCAGAUGAAAUAAACACCGCUCUCUGA